AUGGGAGACCGCCCAAUCCGAGACCGCACGUUGAUCCUUCGGGUGCUGGUGCCUGGACUGGAGACUCGAUUGCGUGAUAAGAUGGAGGAACGGGCCGCCGCGAAAAAAGAAGCAGAUGGCGGAAAAAGCGGGGGACCCAGCCAUCCCAACAGUAGCAGUGGAGGACGUGACAACAACAGUAACAAGGAGCAGCUGUUGGAUUUGGAAGGUGUGAGCUGUGAACCGACAUCCUUACAGGGGAACACGUUGUGGAAUUUCCAUUGCGAUGGAGCAAAAUAUCCUGCUCGAUUGGUCAAUCUGCCAUGUCCCGUCGAACUGCAUAAGACGCAUGACCACGCCAUGUACUACAAAUGCUCCGAUGUGGCGCAAAUGCUGAUUGUCUACGAAGACAGUACAGCCUUGGCCGAAGCCGAAGAAGAUGCCCAGAAAAUGGAGGGUUUUCCAUCUUAUUAUCACUCUGGUUUGACACCGGCGUUGAGACGUGUGGUAGAACGGCGGUUUGCAGCGCGUGAACACAGUCCAGUGGCACCCCCACGCCAGGAAGUCAGUGAUGUGGAAGAACAAUUGGUGGAUCUCAUGGAACGAAUAUCCAAAGAAGGAGAAAAGGGAGCCAACAAACGAACCAAAGUACCAUCGCUGACUUCAGCACAAUUAGCCAACAAAACACUCGAGGAAGUUUCGGAAGAAGUGGUGGAAUACGAGCCAUGGAUGGAUGAUUUCGGACGACAACCGCAUGGUGUAGAAUUUGAUGCGGACGACCCAUUGUGCUCGCAUCAUCCAGAAGUAUGGUUGGAUCCGGAUGAAGUUAGAGAAAUUCGAAUGAAAGAAGCAGAAGAGGCCGAGCUCAAAAAGAAAAAGGCAGCCAGCAAAAAGGAAAAGAAAAACAAAAAAGAACGACAAAAAAAGGAAAAGGAACAACUCAAGUUGGAGGAGACAGCAGCUGCAGCGGCCACUCCACACAAAAAGAAGGGAAUUGCCUCAAAGAAGAAGGCCGAAGAGGUCGAUCCAGUGGACCAGAUUGCUGCCAGUAUGUUGACUGUAGACGACGACCUGGAACAACUCGGAUUGGAAGACGACGAUGUGUUGAAAUUUGAAUUUGAUGGAGAUGACAUUAUGGGGGAUUUGCAGUUAUAG